AUGACUAUAUUAAGCAUAAUCAUUGAAUUACCCAUAUUAGCUGGGAUUUGUCUGUUCAAUGAUAAAGAACCGAUAACCGACAGAGGAGGAACUGUCGAGAAGGCAGACUACGGGAUUCACUGCCUUCUCUUGGAGGGGAAAAUAGCUUUAAACUCAGUUUUUCAAGAUUUUAAUAUCUCUUGGAAAGUAGAAGAACUCAGUGAAGGACUGAAUUUCCUAGAUGACAUCAAACGAACCAAACGAUCAGUGUUAGCAGUUCCAUGGUUUGGGGUGUCAAGCUCCUUAUGGAACCGAAUUGGCGCCAAGGGAUCGAACUGCCCGUUCUCAGUAAAAACGAAGUUCGGGAAGCAGACCAACAUUGCGGCUUUGUUUAAAAAGACAACAAAACUCUAUGGCAAACUAGCUUCCUCUAAAGGAGCUAAGUCAAGAGAUUUAAUUGUAACAGCGCAUAAAUUCAAGCGUGCUUUACAAGGGUGUUUUGCAUCAAGAGCCCAAGUUGCUCUUAUUGAUUACCUCUUCAAUGAUUCUGGCUACCAAAAGUCAGAGAUUGAUGCAAUUUCACGUCUUCAAUCGAGUAUACUCAAGAUUAAACCUCGUCGCAGAGCUACCUACCGCGUCCCAGUGGCUAUGUUCGCUAAGUCAACUAGCCGGCCAGUAUGCCAGAUGGAAAACAUAUUGUGCUUUAAUUCAUACUGCUUAGAUGUGUUCACCAUGCAUGAUUCUGUAAUCCCCGGCAUGUGCGCUCUAGAUAUGAUCACAGAGCACCCCAGCAAAAUAGCUAAAGUGUUCAAUUUAAACAAAGAUAUUCUGUUAACAUCUGACAGAAUGUUGCGCCCUAAGCUUGGAUACUUGCAGAACAACAAGACUAUGAACAUUGUCCAGAGCAGCCUAAUUACGUGGUUCACAGAUGCAAUGAAGGGAAGUCCUACUUAUGUCAAUGGUGGAUCUUCUGGAGAAAUUUAUUUCUCCUCUCUCGGAGGCGUUUGGGAGAAGAAUGAUAAGAUAGUUGAAGGGCUAUCUAAUCAAUCCUUGACCUAA